AGGAAAGCAGCAGCCUCCUCUCCCUCUAUCCAUCGCCUUCCCAAUCUCUCUCUCCCCUCCCUCGUCGUCGCUUCCUCCAAACCCUAGCCCGCCUUCCUCCCCACGCCCCCCCUAACCUCUGCCUCCGCCGCUCCGAUUCCCCGCGGCGGCGCGCGAUCCCGACGCUCCCAUCGCGCCCCGCGCCUGCGCUUCAACCCCUCCAUCCGGGCGAGAUCCGGCGGAUGGAACCCCCGGCGGCGAAGGAGGCGCCGCCGCCGCCCCAGCCCGCAGCGGAGGAAGACGCGAUGCUCUCCGCGACGGCAGCCAUGGCGAAGGAAGCCGCAGUGUCGUUCCAAGGCCGCCGCUACUCCGAGUGCGUCUUGGUGCUUAAGAAGCUCCUGGAGAUGAAGGAGGGCGAUCCCAAGGUCCACCAUAAUAUGGCAAUCACACAAUCUUUCUUGGAUGGUUGUCCUGAUCCAGAGAGACUGCUUAAAAUUCUAGGUGAUGUUAAGAAAAGAUGUGAGGAGCUUGCAUGUGCAUCUAGAGAACAAGCUGAUUCUGCCAAUGGCGUAGGAAGCAAUGCAUCUUCAGGAUCAAGAGGGAGCGGCAUAGUACUACCUUAUUCUGCUGCACAUAAUGCGUCAACCUAUGGGGAUGAGUUUGACACAACCAUAAUAACAUUCAACAUGGCUGUCAUCCUCUACCAUCUUCAUGACUAUGAAUCUGCUCUAUCUGUUUUGGAUCCAUUGUACCGAAAUAUUGAACCAAUUGAUGAGACAACUGCUCUUCAUGUAUGCUUUCUAUUAUUGGAUAUUACUUUAGCUUUGCAAGAUGCAACAAAGGCUGCGGAUGUAAUACAGUACUUGGAAAGGUCAUUUGGAGUAGCUAACACAACGAACCAGAAUGAAAAUGCUAGCAUAGCUCAGCAGCAAUUAGCUCAACCGAAGCCUCCUGCAAAAAGUAACACACCUCCAGAUUCUGAUUCAAAUGCUUAUGGUGGUGGAUGUGAGAACCUUUCAACAGGAAGUUUCCCAGAUGAACCAAUAGAAUUCGAAUCUUUAUACUCUAGUUUUGAUGGACAUCAGAAUCUGGGUCGGCCUAUAUUGAAUGAUUUCCCCAGGGCAUCUGCUGAUCUUGCUGCUACUGCUGCUGAUUUGAAAGUCAGACUGCAGAUUUACAAGGUCCGGCUUCUACUGCUCACUAGGAACCUUAAGGUUGCAAAGCGAGAACUUAAAGUACUGAUGAACAUGGCACGUGGUAGGGAUUCAUCUACAGAGCUUCUCUUGAAAUCUCAGCUGGAGUAUGCCCGGGGGAACUACCGGAAGGCUGUGAAGCUAUUGAGCACACCAAAUAAUCGAACUGAACCAGCAAUGCUAGCUAUGUUCUACAACAACCUUGGAUGUAUACUCCACCAGCAGAGAUCUAAUCACACCUCUAUAUGGUGCUUUAGCAAAGCGCUGAAGUACAGCCUAUCUCUUCGUUCAGAGAAACCACUGAAGCUGACUGCAUUAUCACAAGACAAGUCUUGUCUUAUUUCGUACAACUGUGGUAUCCAACAUUUGAUGUGUGGGAAGCCUUUGUUAGCAGCUCAAUGUUUUCGUGAGGCUAUGCCACUCUUCUACAAACGACCCCUUUUCUGGCUCCGUUUUUCUGAGUGUAGUCUGCUAGCUGUAGAAAAGGGUCUACUGUGUGCAGCUGGUGCUUCUUCAUGCAAUGAUGAGAUUGAAGUCAAUGUUGUGGGGUCAGGACAAUGGCGGCAGUUGAUCGUCAACCCUGUGCACUCGAGAAGUAAUUCAGCUUCUGCACGUGUGACUUCAGAUGAACAUAAAAAUUUGGUAUCACUUGGAUUUGCUAGACAAUGUCUGCUCAACGCUCAGCUAUUAUUGGAUGCUUCUGAGCAGGAAAAUCCGGUGACCGCAUCCGAUGCAGAGGAUGGCAACCAAGGAGUAGUACAAGGACAUAAAAGCUCAGGUCAGAAGAACACUGUAAGUACAGAUUUUAAAGCACCUUCUGGCCCAACCCUGGCUUUUGUAAACGGAGAACAAAAAGGAACGAGCUUGAAUGCCACCUUGCAGAGCUCUCUUGCUUUGUAUGAUGAGAUUUGUAGAAAAGAGAACCUCAAAAUCAGACAGGCCAUCCUGGGGAGCUUGGCGUUUGUUGAGUUGUGUCUUGAGAAUCCUUUGAAAGCUUUGUCUUAUGCGAAGUUGCUACAGCAGCUGACUGAUUGCUCUAGGAUGUAUGUAUUCCUCAGCCAUGUAUAUGCAGCUGAAGCUCUGUGUGCUCUGAACAGACCAAAGGAUGCUGCUGAGCAGCUGUCAGUUUAUAUCAAAGAUGGCAAUGAUAUUGAGCUGCCAUACAAUGUGGAGAACUGUGAGAAGGCCUUAGAUGAGAAAGACAGUGAUGGUGAAGACACGGUUGCUCCUGCUGUGACAAAACUGACCUCAGAAGAAUCUCAGCACUCGGAGAGUCUCAAGCCUGAGGAAGCUCGGGGCGUUCUGUAUAUUGACCUCGGCAUGACUGCUGCAAUGCAGGGAGAAUUUGAGCAGGCUGACUAUAUGGUGAGCCGUGGCCUUGCCAUGCUGCCCAACAACCCUAGGGCAGUGCUAGCAUCAGUUUACAUGGACCUUCUGCAGGGAAAGUCCCAGGGGGCCGUUGCAAAGUUGAGACACUGUAGGCAUGUGAGAUUUAGACCUAGUGUACUAGCUACCAGCUGAGCUUAGAGAAGCAUACCUUUUCAUGGUUUCUGUAGUUUACAAUUACCAUUACAAUCUUUUUGGACCCUGACCCCAGUGCGGAUGAUGAUUAAAGAUGGUAAUGCCCCUCCUGUGUACCAUACAUAAGAAGUGAACUGUAGUUCUCUUUUUAGCUUCGCCCCAGAUUCAGGGUGUAAUGUGUUGAAACUAUAUCGUUUAAAUUCGCUGCUCUUUGGACUGAAGAGUGGCCAGGUGAUCAAAAUAGUUUCCUAUAUCCGUUUAAUCAGGAA